AUGUCAAAGAAAAUAGUAAUUUACAACGGGGCUGAAACGAGCCUUGAUCUUUCAUCAAUUUCCGAAACUUUGACGUUCAUUGAACAGGUCGUGAUACCAAAUAUAUUUCAAAACGAUCAAGAGAAUUUACUUCGAUCAGUUAAAUUUCUAAAGGUUUCUAAAAACGAUAGCAUUAAGUCAAGUGUUGAUAAAUUACAAUCUUUUACGUUCCACAAAGAUACUGUUUGCCUAUAUUCAUACGGCCCACACAUUCAGAAAUUACUUAGUAUAGUAGAGAUUGCCAAAUCCACCAUAGAUACAAAUUGUAAACAGUGGAAUAAACUCACGAACUUUGAGUUGUCACAAGAGGGACGGAAUGAACUAUUGGAAAAAAGGACAAUAGUUCCAAUCCUUAUAGCGUUUCUCACAAUAUCUGAGGAAUUUAAUUACGAUUUUUUCAAAAAUGAGUUGAAUGGUUUUACUAAGCAAUAUUAA